UAACCAUGUUAUAUCUUUUAAUCGUAUCUUUUAUUAUGGUGAUGUAUGUGGAUAGUGAGGAAUGUACAGGAAAAUUAACGGAGUUAAAAUCAAGUGAGAGAAAAUUGAGAAACGAAUUGGUCCGUUUACAAAAUAUGUUUCUAGAACGUCUUUCUAGAGAUGAUAAAGAGGAGUAUAGAAAGACGAGAAAGUUUAUAGGAUUUUCAGCAUACAUGUCUCAAGGUUUUGUGAAUGGCCAUAGUAAAUCUUUGUCACCGGGGAAAACGCUGAUAUUUGACCAGACAGAAACUAACACAGAUAGUGUCUACAACACCAAUACAGGCAUCUUCCAAGCGCCAUCUACCGGAAUGUAUGCCUUUACAUGGACUAUUUGUGUAAAUAGUAACAUAAAAGAGGGUGGAGGGUAUGGAGAAUUUGUAGCAGAGUUGGUUGUUAACGGACGGGGUUGUGGAAGCGUACAUGCAGACACAGAAACCUACGGUGAUGACGCCUGUUCUACCGGAUUCAUACUUAAAUACGUCAGAGAAGGCCGAACUGUUUAUUUGAAAAAUACACAUAACCAUCAAGGUCGUCUUCGAAGCUACGACGGUCAUACACGUACAACAUUUUCAGGAUGGAAACUAAAUUAG